UACUAGUUUUAAUCACUGGUUGAACUUUUAUGAUUUAUCGUCAUCUCUAGUUUUCUCUCAAAUGCCAGGAACCAUCCAAGUUUCAGUUCUGGAUUUCGAGGGUCUCAAUUCAUCGUCUUCUUCAAGAGUAUCAAUAAAAGUUUCCAAGGGAAAAAUAGAGUACCGGACUUGGCACAAAGGGGAAUUCUCAUUUCCGUUGACAACCCUUCGUGACAAUUUUAUUAUAACAAUUCAAGAUGCAGAGGGAAAGGAGAUUUCUCAUACAGGAGUUGAAACCAGAUUGGUGGUUGAGAAAGGUGUUUGGGAUGACAUAUUUUCCUUUGAAGGAGGAGGGCAUGUUCAUAUGAGGUUGCAGUUUGUCCUCAGUGAAGAAGAGCGCCAGAGAAUUCGGAUAAUGAGAGAAUCUGCACUAAAGAAGAAACAUGAAGAGCUUCGCAAUAGUGGUCAUGGAAGUCCCAAUAGUGCUUCUGUUAGUUAUAGUAAAGUUUCAGGUUCACAAGAAAGUUUACUCCGAAGUGAAUUGCUAACCAAUGAAGCCAGUCAAGUGUCUGUUCCCUUAAAUAGCCCAAAGGAUGCUAAAUUUGAUAUCGGUAACAGAAACAGUUCAGUUCUGAAGCAAAAUAGCACAGAUUCAGUUCCACCAAAACUAGAGAAACGUAACAAGGACUCCAUUCCAUCAGAUGCAGAGAAGCCUAAUAAUUCGAAGAAGCCGGGACCAGCAGGGAAAGCGCUUAGCAAUGUAAAGAACAUGAUAAGUGCAUUUGAGGGUAGUCUAAAUCAGGAUGCCAGACCUUCUAUUAAACCACCGCCGAAACUAUAUCCGAAUAGAAAGAUGGGAGCCGAUUCUUUUCUAGAAAAUUCAGAUCUGAAGGGUAGAUUUAAAGUUAAAGAAAGUGAAAGUGUGGUGAAGGAAGACAAGAAACAUUCCAAAGAUUUCAAGAGAGCAUCAACGAUAGAAAAAGCUUCAUUUUCUCAAAGAAUGCUUGACAAGUAUUCAAAAAGUAACCAAUUAUGGAACCUUUCUACUGCAAGGCAGCGUUCUAGCAGAAAAUCAAUAACAAAGGAGGGUGGAGAAGAAAUUUUGCAAAAGGAUCCACAAGUAGCUGAAGGAAAUUCAAAUGGAAAACUAAAUUCAGUGGCUAUUCAGAGUGACGACCAUUGUUCUAUUGGUAGCUCUGGUCUCUGGAUAUUUCCAGGUGAAGCUAAAUGCUCAUGCAUAACAACCGGGAGCAAACAAAUAAUGGAUCUAAUGGGAGGUUUCUGGGAUGAAGCCAAUAACCAUCAAAUAAAGUUUAGUGCUUGUGAUCCAAAAAACAUAGGAGAGGUUAACAAUGUUGAUGUCGGCACUUCUGUCGUGGCAAAUGAAGAUGGGAAGACUUCUUCAGAAAAGAUAAGACCAAGGGUUGAGAUUUCCACGGAACCUAAAGAAUCCAUUGGACCUUUUGGACAGGUGGUUAAAGUUGUAAUCAUGGCCGGCUUUGCAACGUUGGUUUUCCUAACAGGAAAAAGGACAUACAGAUAAAGUCAGCUGCUGAGAAAUCUAUAUCAUUACCCACAGCUGAAUCAUUUGAUGUUCUAGUCACUGAUGUAAUUGUAAUAUUUUUUACACCGUGGACCCAG